AUGAAUACGCUUCUAAGAGGACGGCAGUAUGAUAGUUCCGCGAAAGAUGCGGACUCCGAUUCCGAAGUCGAGGCGGAACAGUCAAUGUUGCCUAAGGAGGAGAAGCAGGAGCCCACAAGAACGCGAAUGUGGACUGGGUUUCUGCUGUCCUGGUUAUGUGGACUGUUUGUCGGUGUCUUGGUUGUGAUUCCGUACAGUCAUCUACGGUUCUCGGCACAAUCUCCUAUCCUACAGGGCGCGCUGCCUCGAGUUCCCCUCCAACAAUGGACUAUCAAUCACGUACAGCGCAACCACAGCUUUGAAGCUCCGCCACCGGAAGGAGCCACGCGGGAAGCCAUCUGGGAUAACCUCCUACCGAAAGGUUUGGGAUACGUCAGCCAUCCAGAUUUAGCUGCCAAUCGCUCUAUCCUAGGUGUCUUUCACUCUCUACACUGUCUGUAUACCAUCCGCCGCGCAUACUAUGACCCCAAUUCCACGAACGACGUCCUGGACCUGGGCCUUGAGCGCGAGCCGCAUGUAGGACACUGUUUCGAUUACCUCCGCCAGAGUCUCAGCUGCACGGUCGACCCGACUAUCGAACCUGCGGACAAGCACCUUUUCGAGGAUCCGUCCUGGGGGUUUGAUAAGCAAUGUAGGGAUCUCGAGGAGAUCAAGGCCUGGGCGGAAGAAUUUCGGGUUUGGGAUAUAGAAGGGACGUUUCUUCCGUUUUAG